AUGUCGACGUCUAAUUGGAUGUCAGAGUUUUGGCAAACCUUCAGGCAGCUGUCGGCUGCCAUCCAGAGGAUCUUCAGGUUCAUGAUUGGAAACUGGAAGCAUUCCAUUGCUGGUCUUGCCGCAGCAGCAGCGUUGGUUGGAGAAGUAUACAUCGUCGCCCAGGCCAACGAAGAAGGCAAAGUAGUGUGUUAUGAGGUCAAUGAUGGAAGUACGGAACAAGGGCACCACUCAUACUUUUUCUGGCUGGCCUUGGGAAUCGUCGUUGCUUGUGCCAGCAAUCUGGUAAUCGCGGGCCUGGCAACAUUCAAGAACUUAUACCUGAAGACUAACCGGGAGAAGAACACGAGGUGGCUAUGGCCUCUAUUUGCAGCAUAUGUCUGCAUGAUGGGACUAAUGGCCGGGAUCCUGCCAGCUGCACUGAGGCCCAAUGAUGGUCCGUCUCUGUUUGCCAUUAUUUCAAUUUUGGCAAUUUACUCCCAGUCAGUCCUAUGGGCCAUAAUAAUGGGCUGGCGGGACGUCGAGAAGGCUUUCAAGGGGCCAAGUACCACUCCUCCGGCACCACCACCUCCUCCGAUGACCGUUACAGCCGAGCCACCUAUCGUCGCUCCUCCUCAGCAACCACCUGCGAAGUUUCUACCUCUUUUAUAA